GGGGGCGAUAUAUCUGCACUGCCGGGAUUGGGAAAGAGCAGGUGAAGGGAAGAUGGGAGGAAUGAUACCGGCCAGCGAAGCGACCCCAAAUUGGGAGACGGACCGAGCGAAUGCGUUACUCCGCUUGCGAUGGACGACGAUAUAGCAUCAUUUGCCGGACUUUGCUUCCUGCGCGUCUGACCAGCGGACCAAACCCGAGACCUCUGCCCCGAGCAUAUCCUCCCGCGACGCCCUCCACACCACCAUGGCCUUCCUGCGCGACAUUCUCUUUCACGAUGCGACCACCGGCACAACACAAUCGUAAGGUCCGCCUGUGACAUCUCCGUCUAAACGCCGAGGGAAUCAUCGCGCACAUCCUGGCCCGCCAUCUCCAUCAGUAAUCGUGCCGAGCGUCACCUAUAUCGUCCCGCCGUAUCCUGCGAUCGCACGACCUACGCGUAGGCACGCUCACCAUGGACGGACGCACGUCGCACCCGGGCACGCCGAACGAUGGCUCUCGCACACCCGCGCGGUCGGCAUUAGGCGAAGCGCUGUCGAAGACGCCCGUGAGGAGAGAUUCGUUCGAUCGUGAAUUUCCUGUGCUCGACAGCACCCCGCGACGCUUUUCCACAGGUGCGGCGAGAGUACCACCGCCUGCGCCGCAAGUUUUUGCUGCGCAAAGUGUAGCCGAGGAAAUGCUCGAGGAGAAGCGUUCGCGAACGCCAAAAGAGCAGGAGCAAAUCAAGGACGCAAUGGCAAGGUUCAAGCUCUGUUCAGAUACGCCUUCGAUGGCACGCCUGGCGGCGUUGACAAGUCCUUGCUUUUUCCACAAGCGUUUCGGAGACGCAGUGAAUAUUGAGAAAGUUCUGGAAGAGGUGAAGGGAGACGAUCAGUUGUCGCAUUCUCGCCUCAUGCAGACUGCAGCCAGUGUCCGAGAAGUGUCAAGACAACUACAACGACGACCCCUCAAGCGUGCAGUACGAAAUGUCAUGAUUGUCACGAAAGCCAGAGACAACACCCUCAUAACAUUGACAAGAGAGCUGGCGCAAUUUUUGCUUGCAACUCCGAGAUAUGGUAAAGAAGUCGGAGUCAAUGUUUGGAUCGAUUCGAAGUUGCGAAGGUCGAAAAGAUUUGAUAUGGACUCUCUGCUCGCACAAGAUCCACGAUUCAAGGAUAUGUUACACUUCUGGACGCCUUCGGUUUGUCUCGAAAAGCCAGAAUUGUUCGAUUUGGUCCUGACACUUGGAGGCGAUGGCACGGUUCUCUACACGUCCUGGCUAUUUCAGCGUAUUGUGCCACCUGUACUGGCCUUCUCACUAGGGUCAUUGGGCUUCCUGACCAACUUCGAUUUCAAGCAAUACAAAGAUCAACUCAAUCGCGUCAUGGGGCAAGAUGGGAUGAGAGUCAACUUAAGGAUGCGCUUCACGUGUACAGUCUACCGUUCUGCAGCAUCACCAGUACUGCGAUCUUCUGGCGCCUCGACAACCAGCGUCUCGACAGCUACGAGUGCAUACGACGCGGUCGAAGAUGCAAAAUCUCAAUCGGCUAAGAUCGAGGGCGAAACGCAUGAGGUGCUCAACGAGUUGGUUAUUGACCGCGGUCCGAGCUCCUACAUCUCAAGUCUUGAUCUAUAUGCCAACGAAAGUCUACUCACCAGGAUCAGCGCGGAUGGCAUCAUUCUGAGCACACCGACUGGCAGCACAGCGUAUUCUCUAAGCGCAGGCGGCAGCUUAGUGCACCCAGACAUUCCGGCGAUCCUUCUGACGCCCAUCUGCCCGCAUACUCUGUCCUUCCGACCUAUGCUACUCAACGAUGAUAUGGCCUUGAAAGUCGCCAUACCAUCGACCGGCCGAGGCGGCGCUUUCGUUUCAUUUGACGGCAAAGGUCGUGUUGAGCUUGGUCGCGGCGACGAAGUUGUAGUUCGGGCUUCGCAGUACCCCUUUCCCACCGUCAUGGGCCAGCCACUGGAAUGGUUCGACAGUAUUUCCAGAACAUUGCGCUGGAACACUCGAGCUGCAGAGCAGAAAGGCUGGACUGGCGACGAUGAAGGCGACGCGGAAGAGAAGCAGGGUGAGCGAGAACCCGAAUUCGACAUUGACUUUGACGAAGACGACGAGACCGUCUCUGCCAACGAUUCUGGAUAUGGCAAUUCCGAGGCAGGGAGAAAUGGCAGAGAGGAGAAGAGGUGGAGUUGACACGAAUUGCUUACUGAAUGACAUGCGUAGAGAGAAUCUAGACGCUACAGAUCGUACUAUCCUUGUCUAGACUUAGACACGAUGUGAUGAUUGGAUGACUCCUGGUGGGACUGUUAGACCGAUGCUGUGUUUUAGCCAUAUUGCAUGGCGGGGAGGUAGUGCGCGCGGUGGAGAACAUCACUGCCACAAGUCUGCGUCAACAUCUGGGGACAACGAGGACGACGCGUCUUCAGGAGAUGGAGGCGGACCCUCUGAUCUCAUUCUAUGUAAAUACUCCUGAUUGCGAGUGCAACGAACAGCGAUGGUGUCGGUGGUGUCUAUGGGAUAUAUAACGGCCGAACAACAUGUGGAUUAGUGAGCCGCACGAGCGGCCGCAAACAGCAUGAAAUUUUAUUCUUACAAUCACGA